GGGACAUAUCAUCACGCAUGUCAGGAGGAUAUAGUGUGCAAACUCACCAACGAAAAAAUCCCGCAUUUUAACGCAUUCGUUUAUCUGGAGAAUAAAGAGGAAGUGGGCAAAGUAGAUGACAUUUUUGGGCCCAUAAAGGAUGCUGUAAGGACUGAAGGUUUGUCUCAUCUUUACAAUAAUGCGCUUGUGCAGUUUUACAUGGAUCCAUACAAAUUUCUCCCUCUGGAAAGAGUACUAAAUCCGAAUGCUUCACGGGGUGAGUGCCGCUCUGUUUAUUUCCCAUCAAAUGAUCGUGAAUCCCCCCGUAUUCCUACUACCUGCAUUUUGUGGCACAUGCUCCCUUUUUUCUUCGAUCUUUUGCAUCCUAGUCGGUCGUAUCUAUUUUCUAUCUCAUUUUCUUGUAGUAAAAUGACGUCUGUAUAG